AUGUGGCCGCCGGGUCCUGGGCACCAAGCGCCCUACCGACCAGGAGGUGCACCCACACCGGGACAGACGCCGGCUCAGCACUAUGUCCCGGGCCAGCCCAGUGGCUUCCCGGGUGCACCAAGUGCCGCUGCAGGCCCAUCUACAUCGGCUUCUUCGGCUCCUGCCUCCCGGCCAACGGACUAUGCGGAUGUUGUGCCUCGGCCGGAAGCCCUGGAAAUGGGCCUGCGACAUUCACUGAAGGCCAGCAGCACGCCGCCUCAGGCGCUUGCGCGUGCCGGCUUGGUGUCUGAGGAUUCCGAGGCGAUGCGGUUAUCGUUAGCCUAUGUGCAUUCUGGUCUCGCCGUGGAUGUUCAGCAGUUGCGCUCCGAGUAUGUGCCCGCGGCGCCACGGGGUCUUCGCAUGGAAGCCGGAGGAAAGCAGGAGGAGCUCGACUCUGACGAGCUGCGCGAUUUCCCAUGCCCGCCUUCUUCAGUGGAGGUCUGGUCGACUGCAGACACCGUGGACACCAUCAAGUUUCUUUAUCCGAACGGCGCUUACCUCACAGGCCAGUCGGGGAAUCCCGUAGGGCGCCACGGCGGCCGUCAGCAGGCUCCCUGGCAGCUGAUGCAAGCCGAGUUCAUCACAAAGAUCUCCGGCUGGACGUCGGCCUCGUCGUCCGAGCCGGUUCUGGCGAGCGUUCGCUUCCACACCAGCCGUGGCCGUGUCUCUCCAGACUACGGAAGCCAGGCCCCGCCGAGAGGAGGUUCUGCUUUUGCUUUUGCGGCGCCGCCGGGUACAGUGCUUGCGGCUUUUUCGCGCCCCGACGUCCCGUGUGGCCGCGUCCAUGAGGACAUGACCUUGGACGAGCUCGCCGAGCAAAGUCAGCCUCAGAGAAAACGGAAGAGCGGCAACAGCAAAGGUGGCACGCCGGUCGGCGCGAAAGGCGCAGAAAGAGACUACGAGGCGAAAGCCCGGAAAGCCGAGAAGAGAGCUUGGGAGCCAAAAGCGCAGAAAGAGGCUGCAAGCUAUACCGGUGGGUACACAGCGGGAUACAGCGCUGCGUACAAGACGGAGACGGAUCGUUGGAGCCACUUCCGGGACGAGUGGUGCCGCGUCGCCACCGACGCGGAUGUGAAUCGAGUGGGUGGGAGAAUCGCGCAUGGUCUCCGCAAUCGUCCCUCCUAUGGCGUGACCGCGGCAACUGCUGACAGCAUCUGGACAGCUCUGAAGGCGAUGGCCAUCGCAAGGUCGUAUCUGUUGGAAGAUGGCCUCGACUUUCAUGUGGACAUCCUGCCAGAAGAGAUGUGGGAGGACAGCUGGCACUACACCAGGCAUGACGGGGACGGAGUCAGCUUUGAGUUGUACAUCGAUACCGACGGCUGGAUCGGCUCUUGCCAAGAUGAGACGGAAGGUCAGAAUAUCUACGUCUCUACCAGCUCCGACCCUCCCAAAGUCGCUGGGGCCAUGGCCAACCUCGUCCGAAAUUGGAAGGACUUCGUGAUCAGCUUCAUGGGGCCCGAGGCGGCGAAGCGGACGGUGGAAAGCCUCAAGAAGGCCAAGUUCUACCUUGAUAGUGAAGGCCGUGAUCUCCAGUUUUCGCUGGAGUUCGGCAAAACCAAUCAGGUUAACAGCCUCUUGUACAUCUACUGCUUCCGCACGUUCAAGUGUGCCAAAGUCCGAAGCGAGUCGGACAUCCACCAGCUUGCCGGCUACAUCGCCGCAGGCGUCCGGGAAUCCCGGCCUCCAGUCGUUUCUGCCAUCUCCAUCCCGAACGUGAACCAAGCCGUGAAGGCCAUUGCGCUCGCGCGAAACUUCAUCCAGAAAGAACAUUGGGAUGUGGCCGUUCGCGCUGACUUCCCUGAGUACUACUGGAACACCGAGACCGCUCGGGUGAAGCUCACGCUCUCUGCUGCAGGGAAUGGAGAAUUGGACAAGUUCAUCGAGUGCAAGGAUGCCAUGCCUUGCUAUGUGUCUUCCAACUCUUCGCCAGAGAAGGUAGCAGGUGCCGUCGCCAACGGCGUCCGCGAGGGUCGUCAGAUGUUUCUUGCGGCGAUGGGUCCCUACUGUGUGUUUAUGGCUGUGAAGUCGCUGUUCCUGGCAAGUCAAUUCCUCCUCUCCGACCAGAAGCGCGUCCGCUUCGCGCCAGAGUUUGCAGAUACGGAGAAGGGGAUGAGUGUCAUUUGCCUGCACGUGCUGCCUGAGGGCUCUACGCAGUAUGCCGAAGAGCCGGAUUCCUGGAGACAACACCAGUGA